AUAUAUAUCCAAGUUCCAGUUAAGAAGAAAAAAUAUAUGUGGAAUAAUAAUUUAAUAAACCGGUAGAUAAAAAAUUAAAAAUAUAUAUAAACCUUAUCAUAAAUAUUUACAAAAAACAACAACAAUGGGCAGAGAUCGGCUACCGGAGCUGUUACAGCGAACACUGAGCACGAGCUCCAACUCGAAUUCUUCGUCAAAUGGUUCACUGUUUGUUAAUGUGUACAGUGGAACCACGGAGUUCGUGAACAACAGUAAUACCAGCAGUGGCAGCAACAACUAUACCAUUUUACCCAACAACAGUACCACAAAUAAUACCAACAACAAUAAUAAUAAUAGUAGCGAAAAGAAUAAAGAGCGAACUGGCACGAAAAUGUCUCAGAAUGGAACAAAUGUGGAUGAUAUUCUUAAUCCGUACUCGGAAAUCCGACAACAACUUGCCGUUAUUGCCGCCAAUUUGGAAGCAAUGAACCGAAUGACCCAAACCAUUAAUCUGCGAACGUUCAACGAAAAUGAAAUGGAUGAACUGCAUAAUAAAAAUCUGAGAGUGGGAAAUCAACUGAUGGCAAGAUUCAAGGACUUUAAGGCGAAUCUACCGGCGGAAAAUGACUACAGCCUGGAGGCCAGGAUGAAAAGGACUCUGUUCUAUGGCCUGCAUCAGACCUUUAUCAAUCUGUGGCACAAAAACGAACUAUUCCUGCAAAACUACGAGACAAAAGUGAAGAAAAAUCUGCGACUUCACUCGAAAAUCAUCAACUCGGAAGCCAGCGAACAAGAAAUCGAGUCACUCAUCGAAAACAAAACAACGAAACUCUUUGUGGACAAUUUCCUGCAAGAGACGGAGAAGGAACGACAGACGCUGCGCGAUCUGAUGGAUAGGUUCAAUGAGCUGCGCCGUCUGGAGAAGUCCAUCGAGGAGGUGCACGCUCUGUUCAUGCGCAUUCAGACGCUGGUGAUGGAGCAGAGCGAGACGAUCCAGCGGGUCGAGUUCCAUGCCCAGCAGGCGACCCUCCAUGUCGACAAGGGCGCCGAUGAGCUGGACCAGGCCGAGAAGCAUCAGAAGCGGGCGCGGAAGAAAAAAAUAAUGCUCAUAACGAUACUAGCGGCCGUUCUAUUAGUAUUACUCCUUGUUGGUAUUUAUUUGUGAUCCACACGCAACAAACAUCUUUUUUUUUAUACAAUUAAGCUUUUAAAAUAAGCAAAUAAACUUUAUAAAUGAUAAAACUAAAGGAAAUUUAAUUAUUGACGCCAUAAUUGGAAAAGUUUAAAUUUUUCACGUAGCGUCUGCGAAUUUUGGGCAACCCUUGACAGGAUUGCCGGAUCGUUGCAAAUGUUAAGUAUUACCGUAAGAUAGUGUUAUAUAAUGUUUAUACAUAUAUAUAUUUAUUAAAGCAUUUAACAUAAUAAUGUUAAAUUGUAAAUAGAAGAUUUAAAAUAUAACAACUUUAUUUUUAAUUUUGGUUCCAUUUUCUGAUUUUUGUGUGUUAUAGUCUUAAAAGAUUUAUUUCUUACUCAAACUAUAUUUUUAUUUUAAACUCUGACCUAAAUUGAAGAUUAAGACAGUAUUCCUUUUUAAUUUUCCUAAAUCUUUUCAAAUAAUUAAAUAUUAGUCAAGAUUAAUCUUAAAACUUGAAAAACUUUGUAAAAUACAUAAACAUUCCAAAAUUGAAA